UCCCGACAUCCCGAUAAGACAGCAAGGGUGCUUUUACCUUUGAGUCUUUGACUUCUAAUAGAACUCUUCUUUAUAAUAUCAUAUACAGCUCCUAAAUGGGACUGAAUGAGUCUAUUCAUUUCGUUAACGUUACGGGAGUAGCGGGCUCUCUCCUUGAUUGUGGCCCCGCUAACUGUUCCUUUCCUCAGGGAACUUGUAAAGCUGGCGUCUGUGAGUGUGAGGUUAUUUUUGGUGGUGACUCUUGUGAAAGUCUUAACGAAGGAUACCUCACUGUAUUUGCUGUUUUUUCUUAUAUAAUAUUCUUUAUCGCAUCAGUACAACUGAUAUUAUGUAUGAUCAGCGAUUCAUUGGUUGAUCCAGCUGCUUCUCAAGAAGAGAAGUGGAAGAAGGCGUUUCGAAUCACCAUACAAAAGUGUAUACUGGGCACUGUCAUAGCCGCCACAGGUACUAGAGCUAUUUACUUUACAGUACAGUUGUAUGGUAUACCAGAGAGAUGGGCCAAUAUGUUGCAUAAUAUUUAUUAUCCAACACUUAUCACGGCUUUCUCUGUCCUCAUCUGCUUCUGGGCUGAAUUAUUUUAUAACACUGAAGUGUCUCACACACAGCAUUUCCUAAACAAGACCCAUUACUUCAUUGCCUGCACUGUAUUCAACUUACUGGUCUAUUUACUUCUACUCAGUGACAUCAUAGCCACACCCCUUGUUAACGAGGUUGAACUGGCUAGGAAGAGUAUUGUGCUGGCCGUCAUAUUUGCAACUCUGUUAUUGAUAAUGCUAGCAGGUUUUAUGCACUACGCUGUCAGAUUAUUCUUCAGACCUGAUUGGAGGCCUCUCUCAGAUUUAUUUAUUUAUCACAAGAUUAAUUUAAACAUUCAGAUCAGUUCUAUAGUUGGAAUAUUAUCAUCUGCCGUGAUGCAAUGUAUAAUAAUCAUUCUCCUCAUACUGAAUGUGAUCGGUCAUUAUGUAUCAGUUGAUUCCCAUUCUCUCUACACCAGCAGUAUGGUAAUUCACAUUAUUGAACUGGGUUUACCCAUUUGGUUCUGCUGCUGCCUCUGGAACUUUAAGAGGCCUACAACUUUGUGGGUCCUUAAUCCUGGGCUCUUACUUCAGCCUCGAUAUAAUUCAAAAGGCGAAACAGAUUCACUUAUUACUGCCAAUCAGUCCUCAAAUGAGGGCUAUGGAACCAUUACUGACACAAGAGAAGAUUCGUCUAAUGACAAUGCAUCCCCUGAUUGUUGGAUAUGCCUUGAUUCUGGCGAAGUCAGUGAUUUAUUUCGACCCUGCAGCUGCCCCGCCGUCCACAGAGCUUGUCUUAAUAGAUGGGUAGCUGAGAGAGCUAGCAAUGAUUCUCAAAGGAGUGCUCUCCAGUGUCAGGUGUGCAAGAAGAGAUAUGCUUACGUCAAAAAGAAAUGGAGGUUUCCUUCAAACGAAGUUAAAUCAAAGCAUUGGGGUGUUGGGUUAGGUCUUGCUUUUGUCUUCAUACUUGUCUCAAGCAUGUCUUCUUUUAUUCACUUGAUUCCUUCUCUCUCCGGUCGUGUUGCUGUCACAUCGACCAUUAUCGUCAUAGACGUCAUACUAUUAAAAUUGAUUGGGUUUUGCCUCUUAUGGCUGUACAAAAGAUCGCGUGUCAAUGAAGUAGUAAUCACAGGUGAACCGGUACAUUAUUCAUCAAACCCUACAGCAGUGAGACUUGGAGUUGAACAAUCUCUCCAUUCAUCACCACAACACUCAAUUGAGCCUAACAAUGCACCACGCCAUUCAACUACCACCAGUACAACACAACACUUACCAGUUCAAAGUGCUGCAGUACCAGAAAGUGAACCUUGCUCUCCUUCUCUUGAUACUUCUACUACUGCUGUAUGUGUGUCCCUUCCAGGAGCUAUCAACAGUAUCAGUAUUAAUGCAGAAGUCAUGUCUGUUUCAAUUGCACUGAGCACACAUCAGUGAAAGAUUGAGCAGAUAGCAUUGUCUCUUAAUUCCUGUGUUUCUGUUGCGUACAAAUGAAAAGUUUUUUGGCAUUAAUAAGACCUUGGAUUGACACA